AUGUCGUCGCCUUUAACGAUAGUUGUCACCGGCUCAAAUCGUGGGAUCGGACAAGGCAUCGUCCAUCUCCUCGCCAGCACACAGCACCCACAACCCCUACACAUCUACGCCACUUCUCGUGGUGGCAUAGAUCUGAAAGCCCAAGUUCAACCUCCAAACGAAAUCAAAUAUGCAAAAUUGGACGUCUCAGACAAAUCAUCCAUAACGUCCUUUCUCAAAUUAGCGCUUCACAACAACGGCAAAAUCGAUGUCUUGAUUAACAAUGCCGGGAUAAACAACAACAGCAACGAGACACCAGAAUCUGCAGAGCAAACAGUCAACGUCAACUACCAUGGUACCAAGCAAGUGUGCCAGCUAUUCCUCGAACAAGGCAAGAUGAAGAGCACACCAGGUGCGCGCAUCGUGAACGUGUCCAGCACGGCCUCUGUCCUGUCAAACUACCCGCCAGCAACACAGUCUCGCUUUCGUUCCGUAACUUCCAUCCCAGAUAUUGAUACACUUGCACAAGAAUACAUCAAAUCUGUUCAAUCCCAGAAUCAGGAAUCUGCUGGCUUCGGCGCACCACCAAAAUCUUACCAAGUCAGCAAAGCGCUUAUGAAUGCUCUCACGGUGGUUCUUGCUAAGGAAAACGAGAAUGUGGCGAUUAAUUGCUGCUGCCCGGGAUGGGUGGAUAGUGAUAUGGGCAAUCAGAUUGGAAGGCCACCUAAAACUUUGGAGGAGGGUGCAAGGAUACCGGUACGGUUAGGCAUAGGACAGUUGGGUCAUAAAGGGAAUUUAGAUGGUGGGUUGGGGGAGGAGACAGAGCGAGUUAGUGGUCGGUAUUUUGGGAACGAUGGGGUUACGGAUCGGGGAUGGGGAAAGGCGAGGGAUUGGUAG